GUUACGUUGAUAGGCUAGUAAACAGGGAAUUGAUUAGUUUGGAGCAAUAUUUGGGCGAAAAAUAGGUUCUUUUCCAGUAUUUUGGGUGUACUCCGCCGCGGUUUUCUACGCGUAUUAGUACUGGUGAAAAAAGCCAUCAUUGACUUCUUUUUUUUUCUCCAUUCCUUUUCUGUGUGCGAGUAUGAGUGUUUGUGUUAUUUUUUCAUGGAGGAAUAAUGAAGCAAAAAUUCAAAGAUUUUCCGCUGAAAAAUGUAUUUCAGAUAGGAAAUUUAAGUCCUCAGUCCGAAAUCCGAAGAAUGCAAAGUGGAACGGGAAUGUCUCGGAGCGAAGGAAGAAAAAGAUGAAGAAAACGGAAGAAGAGCAGUGCAAGUAAGGGAAGGACGAAGAAGAAAAAGACGAAAAAAAGUGUUCGAAGAUUGUGUCAUGAAAACGAUGGAUUUUUUUUCCAUGCUAUGGACGCGGUUCAGAAAAAAAUAACAUCCGUUGCAGCAAGAGAACUGACUUUCAGGUCCACCUGAUAUGAACUACCUUGUCAUGGCCGUCCUGCCGAUCCCAGCUUGGAAUAUUGAAGGCCAUCCCAACUUUCAUAGCAUAGGUGAUCCCCCUUCUUCUUCUUCAAGCACAACAGCAGAGCAAAAUCCAGUGUCAGUUUCGAUGUUAUUAGACUUUGCGCUUGGUAGCGCCGUGUAGAUCAACCGUGAAGUAGAAACAGCAGUAGCAGCAUCCGCUCAGCGUAGCCACACGCGAGGGCGGUAGUACAGGAGCAAUUAGUAGUCCAAGCAGAGCAAGAAGACCCAGAGAGUUAUAGAGGAAAUUUUAUGCAAGGUGUUAUCGUUUUAUCUGAACAUUUGAUGUGAAAGUGAUUUAUAUAAAUAUAUCGUAAAGGAAGAUGUCCGCUACGUCGUCUAUUAGUUCGACACAAUCGUCCAGCAAUAGCGGCAACAGCGGUAACAAUGCCAACAGCAAUUCCCGAAACGUCCUUUCGUCGUCAUCGAACAUCGUCAUCCUGGACAAUCAGAUCCUGGAUAGUAACGAUGUGGUGGCGGCUGCAGGUCUCCAGCAACUGUCCGGCGCAGGAACCGGCGGCCUGAAAUUGACGAGGGACUGUGCCGUGCAGUAUUCGAACUUGAUCAGCAGCUACACAGCGAGUAGCAACAACAACCACGGCAAUGCAACGAUCGUAGGAAGCAACAGUAGUUCCCAAAUGAAUACCGUGAACAUCAUCCCGGGAGAUUCCUCCCAGACGAACUCGCGAGUGCAAGUGUUGAGUAAUGUACAGUUAGUGUCGUCGAAGGGUGCUUCCCAACCGUCUACAUUUAGCUACGUAGACGCAAGUGGUAAGAAUUUUAACGUUCUUACAUCAAGUGGCAAGAUCAGCACAAACAAGCUGAUUGGAGUACCAAUAACGAAAGUGAAAACAUUCAACCAUGUCGGGCAACAGCCCCAACAACAUCAGCUAUCGUCGCAACAAACGCCAUUUGUGUCAUCUCAGAUGCCGCAACAACAACAGCAGCAGCAACUGCAGACACAAAUUGGCAAUGUACAGAAGGUCACUGUCCCCCGAAACAUCCAGCUGGUGACCAGGAUACCAAAUUCCACCAUUUCGGUGAGCAAUGGCCGAAUGUCGCAGAUCACGCCGUCAUCUCCCCAACAGCAGCAGCAAUCAGCUCCGCAGUUCACCAUUCAACAGUAUGCGGAUUCCAGCGGAAGCAUGCCUUCUGGAUUGGAGAUUCGGUCUUCGGUGUCAGGUCCGAUCAUCAAUUCCACCAACACUGGCAAUGUGGGUAAAGCUACAGCCACCAAAAGCAAAAACAUGGCAUCACUGAAAAUGAUGCAAAACUCUCAGAUUACCCAAUCGAAUACAGGUGCACCGGCGAAACCGGUUGGCAAGAGCAUGAGUGUGAAUCUGAAGAGCGUACGCAACAAUUCUAAAUCCAGUGCAACAGGAGUCAAUUCGCAAUAUUACAUCAAGAGCUCAUCGAACGGAACCCUCCAACAGCAACAACAACCGGGAACUACGACAUCGAUUUACACAACGUCUCCCGCUCAAGCGGUGUACCACAAUCCAACACCUCUUCCGCCGCAGCAGUCAAUACAGAUCCCAGUCAGUACAACCACGACUUCCGGCAAGGGCAGAGGUGUGUACAAAACCUCCAAAAACCAGCUGAUUCAAAUCCAGCAGCAGCAGCAGCAACAACAACAGCCGCAAUCGUCUCCCCAGAGAUCGAUAACACCAUCCAGUCCCAUCGGCGGGGCCAUGCCGCAAAAUGUGACCUACGGUGGUGGUUUUGGCUCCACGACGACGAUGGGUCCAGGUAACGUUAACAACCGUUAUCAGAGCUACAACUCGUACCCAAUUCCAGCCUCUCAGUCCCAGUCCAGUAGUACAACGUCAGUCAGCAACAACUAUAAACCGUUUAAUCAUCUUUACGCAGGUGCUACAUCGUCGUCUGGAGUGACGUUUGAAUCAUCUGGACCGCCGUCAGUAACGAUGGCGGGAUCUGGAAGCAGUGGCCAUCAUGAACAUCCUAUACCCUCAGUCACAGUCACCGGUUACAGCAGUUCCACUGGCAAGAACAAAAAGUAUGCCUCCACAGUGCAAAACGAAAGCAACAGUCCCGGAUUUGUACUGUCGCCGGUUAAAAUGAAAGGCACAGGACGCGGUCGCAACAACAGCAUAUCCCACUACCAACCGUCAGAAGCAACUCCAUACCAACGGUAUUCGACUUCUCCGUCGAGGCCACUUCAACAACAGCAGCAUCAACCGUUCCAGUCGGCAUCGCCUCUUGGAAAUUCCGGUUUCGGACAACACCAACAUCCCUCGACCAGUGCCCGAGAAGACCAAAUCUUCCUCAAUGGCCAACAAAUGACGGACGAAUCUUCUGCACGUAUUUUACAAAGCUUAUCUCAGCGGUCAACGGAGACCGGCAAAUAUGGCGCCUACAAACAGCAGCAGUUCACAUUCUACGGAUCGGAAAAUGUACCUCAACUGCCUGUUCAGAACAUGCCGGCCCCGGGUGUUAACAAUGCAUCUGCAAAGGAUGCUCCUUACGAUCCAAUUGAUGCUAGGUUUCCCGAAGACAAAUCCGACUGCAGGAGAUCAAGCUCGUCGGAAAUCAUUACCUACGCGGACAACAUUCCACUUAUGGAAGGAUAUCCCGCCAAAUACGACGAUUACAACCAUCCCGAUGACAACAUUAUCGAAGAAGUGAGGCCAGCUCCGGUGGACGUGUCCAACGGAAGGUUUCACAUUCUGCAGGCGGUUCUCCAGGAUCACACAUACUUUGCUCCGUCACCAGAGCUAAAGCUACCGGAUCCACAGCCGCCCCAAGCGUCAAUACCUUCGCAGCAAACCCAACCGUCUCAGAUGGUUCCAACCUCCGUGCAGCAUCACCCUCCGCCUCUUCAUCAUCAUCUUCAGCACCAGCAGCAACAUCUACAUCCUUCUUCUCAGCAACAGCACCAUUACUUGCAGCAAUCUCAGUCAUCACAGUCGCUCCAGCAGCAGCAGCCACACUACAAGCACCAUUCCGGCUUGUCCACUGCUGUAUCUUCGACUGCUUCUGCUGUGAUGACAUCCACUUCAAUCUCGGUUAACUCGUCAAUUCCAUCGGGAGUGUCCGCUCCGUUGACUCAGAUGAGUUUGAGCACGCUGGCUGCCGUCACCGGUAGUUCCGCCAGUUCACCGGUUUGUGCAUCGACGGUAACUACGACCACUCCGACGACUGUUCAACAACAGCUGCCACAGCAGUCAAUCAUCCCGGGCAGUGCCCUGGAUUACAUCUACCAGCGGCAGUCGAUUCCCCCGCAAGACGACGAUGCCAACUCGGUCAUCAGUACGGGUUCGCGGAACUACAACAACUUGGACAUUGAUUUGGGCGAGGAGACGGAAACGGCUCCGGAGGGCGAAGGCGAGGACGAUUCCGUCACGCGCUGCAUCUGUGAUCUCACACAUGACGAUGGCUACAUGAUAUGCUGUGAUAAGUGCUCCGCAUGGCAGCACGUGGACUGUAUGGGCAUCGAUCGGGCAAACAUCCCAGACGAGUACAACUGUGAAAUGUGCCAACCAAGGCCCGUUGACCGGAUCCGUGCCCGUACAUUGCAGAUGGAGAAGCGAAAGGAGCAAUCGCUCCUAUUGGCGAACAAUAAUCUCCAGAUACCGGUGGGCGAUGCAGCCGUAACAAGCACGAAUCUAGUGGGUGUGGUCGGAACGGGCCCUCCAACGACAACAGUUGGAACCACUGCGAAAGGUGCCAAUCAGUACACCACCGGCAAAGCUCUGGCCGGUACGAAGAAAGGAAAAACCACCGGAAGCUCCAAGAAGAAAUCCAGUGAAAAUGCCGCGGCAAAGAAAGCAGCCAAGAAGGCUUUGGACGCAUUGAACCGAGUGAACGGAAAAAGGAAAGAGCUGAAAAAGCCAUCCAAGAAGAAAAUCAAAACCACGGAGCAAAACGCAGAGAAGAUGUCCAACAUGAUCCGAACCUGGAUCGACAACUACGAGCGUGCCAUCACAAAUCACUAUUCCCCAGAGCUGAGGGCUCGAUUGACGGCAUUCGGCAAGAUGCAAUCCCAGAAUCCGUUGCUGAAUUCCGACCGCCUAAUUGCACCGGGCUCAGUGAUAAAUCUAGCGCAAAAAUGUACCACAGUUCCUCACGCUGGCGGCAAGAUACUGAUCAGUAUCGAGGAAAUACCACCAAAGACUCCUAUUAUCGAAAUACGAGGGAAGUAUAUGCUCUCUUCUCAGCACAAACAACUCCAGUCGUUGUUUAAUAUGGCAGCCAAUGGCAAGCUGAGCAAUAACAAAAAUGCUGGUCCGUUUUUGUUCCUCUAUCAAGUGACCCAAGGUGGAAUGGAGCUUUGUGUUGACACCCGAACCUACGGAAACGAUGCGCGAUUUGUACGGAGAUCCUGCCGACCGAAUGCGGAAAUUUUGCACAACGUAGAGAAAGGAGUGGUCCAUUUGUACGUCGUCUCAACGGCAAACAUCAAGGCCAAUACAGAAAUCACCAUCAAGCAUGACGAGCAGCUGAUUCAGAGGGUAGGUGGAGUGGUCAUAUUGACUCAUACGACCGUAACGAAGCUGUGCGCCUGCGGUUUGAUCAAAGAUUGUCAAUACUCGGCCCAGCUGAGCGAUGGGUUGCUUCCCGCAAUCAAUCCCACGGGACCCAAUGUACCUGCGAUCAUGCCGAAUGCCCAGGGAGGUGUAAGCAGUUCAACGCCACCGGUUCCCAAAGCUCCCAAGAGCAAGAAAAACAACGGAGCCCUUGGCGAUGGCGAAAAGAAGUUGACCAAGAAGCGGAACAGUAGAUCUACAAGCUCAAAUGCUGAAGCCCGGCUGCGAUCCAUUUCGUCCAGUGGAGACAGCACUAGUGAACUGAUGAUGUAUGCCCAACAGCAACCUCCUUUGUCGCCAUUGCAACCGAACCCCCAAUUCCAGCCAACACCGUCGCAACUUGUCCACCAACAGUUGCAACAAACUGCAAUGCAUUUUAUGCAGCAACAACAGCAAUCCCAACCAGGGUUGAUGCAGCCAUCACAGCCGGUUUAUAUGUACAGUCCAUCUCCUACGCAUCAAUCGCAACCUCCUGCAUUGGCACCAACGUCUUCGGUGCAACUACAGCCACCGGUAAUACAUCCGCAGACUCCUCCACCCCAUCCUCCCAUGAGUCCAGUUAUGAACAUUGCGCAUCGAACUACUGGGUUCUACACGGAGAUUAAGUCUCCCAUGAACUCACCGCCACCGCUCAACUUAACUGGACCGCCUCCACUGGUCAUCCCAUCGAUGCCAUCACCGAUAAAAACCCAGUCUCAGCAUCCGCCUCCGUUGCAACCCAUGUCGGAUGUUGUUGCUCCUCCUCCUCCUCCGGUGGCAAUUCCGAUGGACGUUCCGGCGUUGACAAUUCCCAACAACUCACACUCGUCGUUGCAAGACCACACCCGCAUGGACUUGAUCCAGCAACAGCAGCAAAUCAUGGAAGACAUCAUAAAGAUUAAAAUCAAGUCCCCCAAGGCUAGUCCCUACAAGCACGAAUAUUCCCCGAUUCCAUCUUCGACCACGACGGCAACAACUAGCAUGCUAUCUCCGCCUCCUCCACCACCGAUUCCCGUUGCCCAGAGGCCGCGUUGUGCCGAGACGCUUAAACAGGAACUAUUCCAAUCUCACUACCAACCGCAAGUUCGGUCACCAUCGCCGGCUCCUCCGGCUAUUUCCUCCCCAGUCAAAGUGGAAUACACGCCUCCCAUGGAAAUGAAGCAGGAACCCCAGCCUAUCCCAGAACCGCAACCACUGGUGAUAGACGAAAAGCCACCGAUGGCGACGGAAGAAGACAUCAAACCUGAGCCCUUGCCGGAACCAGAACUUAAAGUGGAAGAAGAGAAACCAGUUCCUGUAGUUAAAACCGAACCAGAGCCAGUGAUCGAAAUGGAAGCUGUGGUCAAAGAGGAACCAGCUGCAGUUGUCGUACCUCCCCAUGAGGGGGACAGCAAAGAUGGAAUCGACACUGGUGCAAGUCUUUGCGACAGUGCCACAAAUUCCCCAACUAAAUCGUCCCAGUUGCAUCAACAACAAACGCCCGGUGCCAAUCCCGGCAAUAGUGCGCAUAGUUCUCCGCAUUCCACCUCGUCGCAGCAUCAUCCCCAUGGGGGAAGCAGCAAGAAGAAGAACAACCCCUUCAAAGAGACCGAAACGGAAAAGAAGGAAAAGCCACCGUCGCGGAAGCUGACGCGUGAAGAACGUAAAAUGGAGGCCAUCGUGAAGGCGUUUGAAAAGAUGGAACAAUCCCAGCAGCGGAAGCAGGAACUCAAAGAGCAACGUAAGGAAGGGAAACGGAGAAGCGUCUCGUCCUCCACUCCGGAUGAGAGCAUCCCUUCUGGAAGCAGCUCAACCAAAAAGAAGAGUCUCAGCUCGCAAAAGCGCAAGAAGAAGAAAAGUAAAUCGUUGAGUCAGCACUUUGGGUCCCCCAAUCAGAGUCGUAAGAAGAAAGUGUCCAAGUCAUCGAAGAAGAGCAAAAACGCCAGGGUGUUAGCUUUGGACGAGGAAACUCCCGCUCGGCCAUACGAGAACAAAGCUGCCGAGUUGUUGCUGACCUUCUCGCAAUCCGUGAAACCUGUAUCGAAAACCUUCUUCGGAGAUGACGUGAAACCACUGGCCGACGUUGGAUCUUCAAACGACAAUAGCGUUGAACCAGUGUCGUCUGCGUCGUCCAAUUUGCCGUUGCUCAGUUCCGCUUGUAUGCUGGUGGAAGCUGCAGUAGGGCCUUUGGAGCAAGCCUCCAACAAUUCAACGGUGGAGCAGGACUUCAAGUUCCCUCAGAAAGCCAAGACGAAGAAAAGCAUGAGCCGUGAGUGGUUGAGUGGCCAGGCAGUGGACGCGUAUCGUCGAAACACUCCGGAUCAGGAUUCUGGUUACAUGAGUGAAGACAAAUCCCACGAAUACCGGAGGACACCGUUUGAAGAGAGUAGUCUGACGACGCCUUUGGGUGUAGAUGUAAGCGAUCCCAAUAUCUGUAUCGUGGCGAAAAAGGUUGAAGAGUUUAUCGCCCAGAACUCACCUCAGCCGGAAGAUGUCGCAGCCGCUGGUUACAAGUGGGAAGACAAGGUCAGCACCAGUUCCACUUCGGUCAACAACUCCCAGGAACAAACCCAUACGCCGACGAGUGGUGGAAACGUGUCGGAAAGUGCUGCCGCUAAGAAACGGUGGCUACGGCAGGCCAUUUCCGAAGAGACGGACGAGUUAACCCAAGCGUCGUCGUCGCCACCACCGCCAAAUGGUUUUACAACUCCGCUGAAGAAACGACGAGUCAUACGUCAAUCUGACGAAGUUACAGUUCAGCCUCAACCUCAGCAGCAGCAACCAACCUUGCUUUCUGCACAGAAGAUCGACUUUGCGGACAGUCUUGCUCCGCAACACCAACAGCAGCCCCUUGUGAUAAAUUCUCAGCAACAGUUUGCGGAAAGUAGUCUACAGUGGUCUAACUCUGGCCCCCCUCCGUUGACGUAUCCUUUCGGCAUGUCGGAAGAUAAGCAAGCCAUAGAUCUCUCGAGGACAGGAGUUCCUCCGGUGCGGUUGACAACACAACAGCAACGAAUACAACCCUACAAAAUUGUCCCCAUCGCGCAAGCCCUAACUCCAUUGCAUUUUGCUGAUCCUGGUCCGCUACCAACGCCGACAACGAUUCCCAUAUCAAUUCCACCAGUACAAGCUCAUCAUCACCUGAUCCCAAUGGAACCGCGGGAAAUCGUGAGGCAAACUCCUCUACCGCCACUUGCAGUACAACACCAAGAGUCGGUCAACCACUACGAAAGACUCCCGUCUCCCCCACCAUCAGCAGUGGCCGCAAUGGUUCCGGCUUCACUCCUUCCGCCGGAAGUAACUUUCGUGGUCCCGGCAGAGCAGCAGCAACCGCAACAAGCUAGAAUUGACGUCAGUUAUCCAAGCUCAGCCCCGGUUCCGGGAAUCACACGGAGUAAGGGAAGCCAAAAGUACAUCGGAAGUCCGGCGAAAUUCGAACCUCCUUCGCCGUCGGAGUCACUCAGUUCAAGCGUGGCGGAAACGCCGGAAAAGAACUCGGUAGCAAGUAGCAAUAGCAGUGGCAGUCUGGGAAACUCCGACGUCGAUGAGGAUGCCCAUGAAGAGCAACCUUCUAAGCCGGAAGUGAAAGAAGCUGUCCAGGAAGAGAAAGUGGAGUGUCCGCAGGCGGAAAUGACCAUGUAUACUGAACAAGAAAGUGUGACAGCGACCGAAAGCUCAACAACAAUUACGAGCAGUGGAAGUGUUUCGGAUGUAAAUUCUCUUGAACCGUCCUCACAGAGUGAAACAGCAAUUGUACAAGAAGAACAAGUGAUAACUAGUGAAGUUGUUCAGGAAGAGCAGGAAAGCAGUCAAAUGGACGAAAGUGACACAGUGAUGAAUAGUACAGAAGAAAUCAACGUAUCGCAGGUCGAAGACGUAUCAGAAGAACAGACGGCGCCGUCAUCUGCCUCUAUGGAAGUUGAUAGUGAAGAUCCUAGUGCGAAGCAGCCGAAAGCUAUCAUUAAAACCAUGAAUGGACGUGAAAAAGGUGUGCCGGGCGCGCCUGAAGAAGAUCACGAUAAGAAUGAACUGGAAGAUUUGCAGAAAGCAAUUGCGUCGUUCCAUUCGGAAAACAUCAUGAAUCUCAUCUCAAGGAACAAGAAGUCGAAGAAGGUCGUCACUCGAGAGAACAGUUCGGACGAUAAACCUCGAUAUGCGAAGAAAUCAGCCAAGAACCGUUCGAAUGCAUCAAGCAAGGAAGGAAGUGUCACUCCACCUGCGCCACCAUCGCCUCCACCCGAGGAGCAGGAAGUGUCGGAUCCAGUGGUCGAACCAGUGAUAGUCGACGCUUCUUCGGAAGUACCAGUUACUUGCGAACCAGAACCAGAACCAGUACCUGCACCAGUCCCACCUCCAGUAGAGGAACCGUCACUUUCUACGCUGGGUCGAUCCUAUUCGCACCCAUCCUGGCAUGCGACGGACACGUUCCGAGAUUCCACUGAAGUUCGAAGUUAUUCAACGCUUCGGCCGGAUAUUCCGCAGAUCAAUUACAACUCGCCCAGUACCUAUCAAUCGAAAGCUGCUCGUGAGCUUUUGUCAUCACUAUCGGCCGGAUCCGAACCACUUUCAAGCUUUACGAGUUUUCGCACCAGCACAUCAUCGUUCUUGGAUUAUCCAAAAUCCUCGAUAUGUGGAAGCGCAACGGUGACCAGUAAUAGCACCACCAGCAAUGCUUUCCAGUAUAAAGCAUCGAGUGAAAUCAGCUCCCUCCUGGACAAAGGAUUCUCCAGCACGCGACCUUCCAGUUUCUCCACCCUUGGUCCAGAUCGAAGUACGGAACGAGUAGGUAGCUCCUACCUGCUCUCAUCGACCAAAGUCACGGAUAAUCUGUCCACGCUUGGAUCAACCAGCACUGCAUACCCAAAAAUAUUCACCAAAACGGCCAGCUCAGAUCCACGAUUGAACCCAGCAUUGACCACUCCCGAACCACCAGCAUCCGCGACACCGAAGCGGAAACUGUCCAUCAACGAGUACCGUCAGCGGAAAAUGCAAUCGUGUAGCAAUACAACGCCCUCGCCAUCGGCUACGUCUUCGGUGGCCACAAGUACCUCCGCAACCACAGCAGAAGCGGCCAGUAGUAGUAGUAGCAGCAGCAGUAGCGAUUCCGGUGGUAGCAAUCAGAUAAGCAGUAGCCUCGGUAGCAACGACGUGAGUAGCUCUAUAUGCAAAGAGCUGGAGCUGGAACUGGAACUCGGAGAGGAAAAACCGUCGGGAGAUGAUGCCGAAGCAAAGGCGGCUUCCUCGACUGAAACGUCCGGUUCGAAAGCGGGGACGACGGCGAAGCCUGAGAUUAGCGCAAACGAGGCUACAGUGUGAAUCGAUACGUUGGCCAGUGAGAGAAGGAUCAAACAUUUUAGUUGAAUGUCAUGAAUUCGGGUUCAAUGGGCGCAAUUCAACGAAAACUUUCUGGGGUUGAUCUGCGAGAGCACCACAGAUGGUCGCAGCUCAGUUUAAAUGUAAAAGAACGAAACCGUGACCUACCGCUGAUCACCACCAGCAGCAGCAUCACCAAUGGAGAUGACAAAGCAAACACAAAUUACAAGCAAUCAAACAAAUACACAGUCUUGGACGGCACGCUGGUCACAAAGUGAACCAGCCCGGGAACGUAGCCAGCAGUUACGGAGUGAUAUAUACACAUGUGAGUGUGAAAGAGGGGGUAGGGAUACGCCAGGAGGCGCACGAGUGAGCAGGAGAGAGAUCUUUUGUAUUGUUUUUGCCAGGAACAGUUUGAAAGGAAUUAUAUACUUCUUGUGGAAGUACAAACGAUUCAUAGGAUAUAUUGUAAUGUUCUGAUGAAGCUCUUAGGAUUAUUAUUGUACAUGUAAUAUUGUAAUUUAGGAUCAAGAGUAGUAAUCAAAUAGCAUUAGGUGGAGAUCGCGCACCAGUUUGAAGCCAUUUUCUUUCCUAUGAUAAUGAUGAAAUCCCAUUAAAUUGCGCGUGCAGCAUCCAUGUAGAAUAAAAUGCAUUGUAUAAACUAUAACAUUCGAACAUAGCGACCUUCUCUGUUUUCCGUUAAAUAUUUUUAUUGACGAUUUGAAAAAUAAAUGCAAAAUACAAACUACUAACGUGGUUAUGAGGCAGUCAAGAUCCCGUCAUAUACAUUCUUAUAGAUGAUCAUGAGUCAAAAUUUAGCAGCGAUGACGCUCGAAUCGGAUCCUGGUUAAGCAAAUCGUGUACAUAGAUAAACCACAGAAUCGCGAAGACUGAUUUCAGAAGUUGUGAAUUGUACAUUUUGUAAAUGACUAAGAUAGAAGAGACGCUGAUCUCUGAUCGUUCAAUGUAGUAACAGCAAUUUGAAUCUUGUGCAAGUACGGUAGCCACGCAUCAAUUCUACUCGCAGGGAGCAAGUGAUCCGUUCGAGCGUCGUCAACCCCUAUGUCAGAUCUACUUCAACCAGUGAAUUUAGUGUAAAUAGCAAUCAAUGAUAUCCCCUCCUUCUAUAACCCACCUACUUGUAAAAAGUGAUGCAUGAAAUAUACCCCAGAAAAAACAGUGUAAAUACAUGUAUAUAGGAACGAAGAAAGUGUAUCUCAAAACCGGUUUGCUAGUAAAAAGGAUGCAGCAUCGACAGGAUUCUACUCUUAAUCAAAAUUAUCAACUUACACGCAGUUCAGCGGAAUGCUGGUCCAAUUAGGACACGAUUCGACAAGCAAAACUACAAAACGACUACAAACAUGGUGUAAAAUAGUACAAAUAGCAUGUAUAAACGUAAAACUAAAUUUAGAAAGUACCAUUGCAACAAACAAAACGAAUAACAUGUCACUUAAAGUGGAGGAUAAGCAAAUUUCUAGCCAAUAAAAAGAACAGGUAAAACAAUUAACAAACACCCCGUAGCUAAAUUAGCUCUCGUAAAGUUUCAUUUGAGGAGGCAGACACAAACUCGUAGGUGAAAGAGAGGUUAAACGUAAGUGAGAAGCAAAAUGACACUAAACUGCAACUAAUGACGAAGGGUGCGAAAUGGGAUUAAAAACAUCAAAACCUAAUCACUAAAAAUUGGUGGUUCUCCAUCUGAAUGGCUGGAUUUUCUUUGCGUUCAAUAUAAUAUGUUGGGAAAUUAUACUUGAUUCUUUCGUUCUACGAUGUUGUAUCUUAUCAUUUAACGUAAUAUCUUACCAAUUUUCAAAGGGCCUUCACGGAGUUGGAAAUAGCUGUUGAAUGUAUCAAAGAAUCUAAUAAACCUUAUCCUACGAUCUCAAACAAAUACCCACUAAAAACUAAUUGGCAAAUGCAAUGUCAUCAUUUUUGUACACAAAACUCUUGUAUUCAGUUGUACGAAAAGUAAGAAAACUAGAAUUCAGAUGCAGAACCACUACGUCAACUAGUAUUAGACUAAAAAUAAAAGGUUAAAUCUUACCAAGUUAAGCAGAAAUUAAGGCAUUAAAUUAUUGACGCUAAGGUGUAAGCUAUAACUAAAAAAAAAACUAAAAAAAAAUCAUUGCUCACCGUAUGUGAAAGCAAAUAGCAAAAUCCUUAAACCAUAAUUCCCAACGCCAAAACUGUUGGAAGUUGAUAACAUCUUUUUCGUUGUUGCUUUGUAUCGAUUUUAUUCAUCCCACGCAUACACACUAGGAUCACCUCCUCCUUCCCGCCCUCAUCGUAUAUGUGACGCUUGCAAGAACGCUGAUUACAACAAAACAGAGAGCCUACUUUUUAAGCUUGAGAUUUUAACAAAACACUAAGAACCCUAAUAUCCAAUAACACGAAUGUUUUUUUCGCCCCAAGAAAUCGAGGAGACGCAGUGCGUUUUCGGAGGACUCAUACAUCCUCCACGGGUGCGAAUUGUAAAUAUAUGCGCUCCAUUCACACCCAUCUAUUUAACUUUUACCUAUAUUCAUCAAAAAGAGGAUACUGACAACAUUUGUUCUGUUAGGCGUAAGAGUGCAUAUGAUGAAUGAUUAACACUAAAAUGCUGUGGAUAAAACAGUCAUUGGUUGGAAAGCACUGUGCAGAUGCAAACGAUACCCAUAGUGUAUAUUAUGUUUAAAUGUUCUUUUUGUAUAUUUAUAUAUUUUUUAAAAUGAUCUAAGUUUAUUGAAAAAAUCGAAAAAA